AUGCACAACGGGGUGAUGCUUUUCCUCUGGCUGGGAGUUUGCCUGACCUGGUCAGGUCAAAGCAGGAAGGAACCCACAAAACUGCUGAGCUUCAUCGGAAGGGAAAACCACCCACCUGGAGGGAAAAGAACUAACACCAAGGGGUACAUGAGCGCAAAUACGACAGUCACAGUGGGGGGGGGAAAUAACAUAGCCACUUUAAACGAAGGGAAUUACAAAAAAGAACUGAAAAACGUUAAGGUAAAGAGAAACAUAAGCGAAGCGCUACAUAUGGCCACGUACGAAGAAAUGAAAAGAGACAAAAGUGUCUACGUGUUGGGGGAAGAUGUAGGCCUGUAUGGAGGGUCCUACAAGGUAACAAAAAACUUGGCUCACUUUUUUGGGUUCGCCAGAGUGCUAGACACACCAAUAUGUGAAAAUUCAUUUAUGGGGUUAGGCAUCGGGUCGUGCAUAAAUGGAUUGAGGCCCAUAGUGGAAGGAAUGAAUUUGUCAUUUUUAAUUUUAGCCUUUAACCAAAUUUCUAACAAUGCAUGCAUGAUGAGAUAUAUGUGUGAUGGCCAAUUUAACAUUCCUAUUGUAAUUAGAGGACCAGGAGGGAUAGGAAAACAGUUGGGCCCAGAACACUCACAGAGAAUUGAAUCCUAUUUGAUGAGUGUACCGGGGAUUAAAAUCGUGUCUUGCUCCACCCCAUUCAAUGCUAGGGGGUUGCUAAAAUCGGCCAUACGAGAUAACAACCCUGUUUUGUUCCUCGAGCAUGUGUUGCUAUAUAAUGUCGAGGAGGAAAUACCCCUCCUACCUUAUACCCUACCGAUUGAUAGGGCCGAAACGGUCAGAAGAGGAAACCACCUCACCAUUUUAUGCUACGGGGUUACUAGGCAUGUCGCAAUGGAGGCAGCAAAAGAACUAGCUAAUAUCAACAUCGACGUUGAGGUAAUCGAUUUGAUCUCUUUAAAACCGUUCGACUUGGAAACGAUUGGGAAUUCUUUGAAGAAGACAAGGAAGUGCUUAAUUCUGGACGAGUCCGCUGGGUUUGGGGGCAUUGGUGCUGAGCUGUACACCCAGGUGGUUGAGAAGUUUUCCCCCUUCCUGGAGAGGCGGCCCGUCCGCCUGUGCACGAAGGACGUGCCCAUAGCCUACUCCAGCAGGUUCGAGGACGCCUGCAUCGUCAAGAAGGAGGACGUCGUCUACAUGGCCACCUACAUGCACGGUCAGCGGGGGUAG